UGAAGAUUUUAGCCCCGAUAGUGAUACCUCGUAUAUACCGACGGAUUUCAAUGCAAGCAGCAGUGGAUCGUUUUGUUCUUCGGAAGAUUCCCGCCCAGAUUGGACGAAAAAGAAAAUGAUUACCAUAUUACAGCCUCAGGAUCAUGAGGGCGUAAAUGAAAAAAACCUCAAUGUUACUUUCAAAUGCUGUAUCUAUUAUUACGUUAAAUAAAACUCAGAAAAAAAAAUUCAAAUAAGAUCCCAAAAAAUGUUCCAAAAUUAUUAUUUCGUAUAACGCUAUUUGAUGUCUUUGGGAGGUUUUAAAUUUCUCGAAAGAACCCAUAAAAUUCUUAUUUGGAAACGGUGUUGUCACCAUAUAAAAACCUGUUCUCCAAAACAUUGAUUCAGUAUCAAUCAUGAAGAUGAACGUUUUUCUUCCGUUAUUGUUAGCUGCGGCUAUGCACCUGGCUAUGGGUUGCGAUAAACCGAUAAAACAUUACGAAGCCUUGGGCUGCAGCCCGAGUUGCCGCAGAAUUUCGAAAGGAUGUCCAGCAAGCUUCACAUGUCCCCAUCUGGACAAUCCUGCCGCUGAUAAGUGCUAUUUUCUGGGGAAGGCUUAUUCGCCAGGUGAUGAAGUUCCUUUUGAAUUGUUGCUCGACGAAGAAACAAACGGUUUGUGUUAUGAUGCUGCUUCCUGCUUGAUAACUUAUGACACUCCCAACAUAACUAUAGCGAUGGGCAGCACUGGAUGUAAUUCCAUAGGUCAGAUCCCCGUAUUCCCCCUUCCAGUUUGCGUUUCUCAGUAUAAGACCGAUAGUUGUUGCCCGGUCAAAAAAGUCUGUGACAGUGACAUCGCAGAUCUUGCCACCUGCACCUUGGCAGGCCAAGAUUACAAGGAAGGUGAAAAAAUGCCAGUUCCCGGAAAUCCGUGCAAAAAGUGUAUCUGUACGCCAGGAUUCGAUGAAACCCAAAUCGACGGAAAUCCAAAUUGCUUCGAACGGAAAUGUCUUCACGAAGUUUCCGACGGACAGCCAGCGUACUAUGGAGCGAUUCCGGUAUACAGGACGAACGAAUGCUGUCCUGUUACGUGGAGAAUGCCCAAACCCACUGAUAGGGUUGUCAAGGGAAGGCCUUAUUGUAGCGCCGAUGCCACAAUGAUAUGCAAGUAUGGAAACCUCACGCUAGAUGCUGGAGAUUCAUUGGAGCCGUUUUCAGAAAAUGGUAAAAUGUAUGAUUGCAAAUGUGCCGUUCCACCCCUCAUGCAUUGUAUAGAGACUUAACAA